UUGCUGUCGGUUGAACGCCAUGUUACCAAUGUCUUGCCAUCUGAAACAACAAAGACAAACAUAAGUUGUGCAAGCAAAAUUCGUGUUUAUCGUAAUUAGAAGACAAAAUUGGCUUCUUUGCUAUGUUGCUAGAAAAUGACUGUUAACUCCAAUCGAGCUAGCAAGGGCAGAGGACGCGGAGUUCUUGCCUUGACAACAUUUGAACCGUGUCCAAGACCUAGCAAAAAUUUAGUUGAGGGUUACAAAUUUCAUAAAGAAGAGGUGAAGAAACCAGUAAAUAUUGUAAAACCAUUGCCUGUUAAAGAUGACAAAUCGUUGGUUGCUAGUGACAAUGGUUUAACAAAACCUGCACAUCAGAUGGAAGAUACAAGGAAGGAAGUCAAACUUUUGGCCAAGUAUAAUUACACUGCAAAACCGGAUCAACCUGGUGGUUUUGCUGAACUCAGCAUUACCCAAGGUGAAAAGUUAACCCUAAUUCAAAGGGGACAUUUAGAAACUAAUAAUCCUCUAUGGUGGAAAGUAAGAAAUGAAAAAGGAGAAGUUGGUUACGCUCCACAUAAUUAUUGCUUGGUUCUUGAACAAAAACUGUCUGCUUUGCCCUGGUUAGAAAAUAAGCGUUUAGCAGAAGAAAAAGAACGAAAAGAAAUGGAAAAGCAGCAGGCUGCAAGGGGAAGUUCUACCUUUGGAAAACCUGAUGGUCCUCCAAAAGUUAAAGCUUAUCAAUCAGCGUAUACAGAAAGAAAAACUUCAAAUCCAAGCGAAGCGUCUCGCCAGUAUUACUGUGAAAUAUGCGACAAGAGUUUAAAUGGACCACAACCGUAUAAAAUGCACAUGAGCAGUAAGAUGCAUCGCGAAGAAGUAGAAUAUCAGAAUUCGAAGUGAUACAUGCAACAGCUGUCGCGCUGAGAAGGAAAAAAAGACCUAUUUUAUUCUAUCAGCCACAGUUUAUUUAUCUUAAACAAAUUUUCUUAGCUUAUUUUUGAAGUAAACGUGUUUUUCUUAUUCCAACAAACUUUUUGAAAUUCAAUGCUAACUUCCAUUUUUUCAAAAUAAUGAAAAUAAAAAUUCUUUAUGCAAAUACUUUAUUAAUUUAAUUCUCGUUGCUAUAAAUGUUGUGGUUUCAGUAAUUGUGCAACCAGUUUUGUUUGUUUAAAAACGAUACAGUUUUUUUUUUAACUUAGGAAACAUUUUUAUUUAAGAAAGAUUGUAUUUAUUUGAAUAUUUAUA